CGGCCUCUCACAACGGAUCGUCAGGGACGUCUCGUGCGCUCCUACAGAGCGGCGUCGCUGCUUCUGACCGGCGAUCACGAUGAGCUGGGGCUACCUGACGCAGCUGCUGGAUGAGGUUCACCGACACUCCACAUUCUUGAGCAAGCUGUGGAUCACCAUCUUCCUCAUCUUCCGCAUCGUUCUCACGACGGUCGCCGGAGAAUCGAUCUACUACGAUGAGCAGGGCCAGUUCACGUGCAACACGGCGCAGCCCGGCUGCGAGAACGUCUGUUAUGACAGCUUCGCACCGCUCUCCCAUGUCCGCUUUUGGGUGUUCCAGAUCAUCGUCGUUGCCACGCCCACCAUCCUGUACCUCGGAUUCGCUGUACAUCGCAUCACCAGGAUCGAGUACGAGCGAGACGAACGAACCAAGCGAACCGGCGGCUCCGACCGCAUGGUUGAAUGCACGGAGAAAGAGGAGGAGGUGGAAGAGGAGGUGGAAUGGGAGGUGGAGGAGGGUGAAGAAGACGGCAAGGAGAAGCGACGGCAAGGCAACGAGCGGUGGAGGAUUAAGACUGACGGCCUGAUGGUAGCCUACACCCUCCAGCUGCUCGCCCGCACGCUGGCCGAGAUUGGCUUCCUGCUGGGGCAAUACCUGCUCUACGGCUUUGAGGUGGCCCCACGCUUUCAGUGCGUCCGCGACCCCUGCCCGAAUCGUGUCGACUGCUUCGUGUCGCGCCCCACGGAGAAGACCAUCUUCCUUUUGGUCAUGUACACGGUCGCCGGUCUCAGCCUCCUGCUGGAACUGUCCGAGAUUUGCUACUUGGGGUUGGGCGCCCUCCACGACUCGCUGAGCGGGAGGUGCUGGCUGCAGAGCAGGUCCGCGGAGGGCAAACAGGCGGCCCACACGACGCUGGAGGCUUCCAGGGUGAAGGUGGCGGUGGCCCGGGGCAGUCGUCGAGCGUCGCUGGCGCCCCCGGGUUACCACUCGGUGCUGGGGGCCUCCUCUGACGGGAACGGCACCGGGUGAGUUUCGCGAGGAA